AUGCAGUCCAUUCGCGCUUUUUCCCUAUCUUCACUCUCCCUCGCCAUCCUCCUUCUCCACCAGCCUCUACAGACCCACGCCGCCCCCGAACCCCAAGCAGUCGCCUCGACGCUGACAGCCAUCUCGCAAAUCCCCGACGGCCAGAUCCAAGCCGCAGCAUCAUCCCCCUCAGUUGCCGUCUCGGAUCCUUCGGCUACCUCGUCAUACGACAACCCAUUCACCAGCUAUACCAGCAUGACAAACUCGCUGGGCGUCAUCACGGGGAUGCCGUCCGUCGUGACCAGCCAGCCGGAAGUCGUCACGAGUCAACCCGUCUCGCCCACGCUCCCCACCUACUCUGGGUACGUGUAUGCGAACAGUUCCAGCUCCGACGGGACCGCCGUGGCAUCGAGUGCUCUCCUGACUGCCGACUCAUCUGGCACGACACUGGCUACCAGCACGGUGGCCGCCUCGGGGUCGGGAAGUCAAGGUCAGUCCACCGACACGAAGAGCGCAACUGCUACCUUUGCCCAAGCCACGGGUGGUGCGGUGUCUAAUAAAGUCGCCGGGGCUGGAGUGAGCUUGGUCGUGCUUGGACUAUGUUUCUCUUUGCUGUGA